AUGGUUGCUGCACAGUGUCUGCUGAGCGUGGCCCCUACCCGGCCCGGGCUCUGCAGCGUGCGUCAGGGAGUGGCCGCGCCGUUCUCGGCUCCUCGCUUCACUCGUCGCACACUGCGGACAUGCAGGCCCCUCACUCGCGCUGCCCUUGCGGUGGAGAUCCCCCCGGCGACCGGUGACCUGAAGCCCAAGGACAAGAACGCGGAGCUGGCCAUCAAUGCCAUCCGCUUCCUCUCCAUCGACGGCGUCAACGCGGCCAAGUCUGGCCACCCGGGGCUGCCCAUGGGCUGCGCCCCCAUGACCUACGUCAUCUGGAAGGACUUCAUGAAUGUCAACCCCAAGGACCCCAAGUGGCCCAACAGGGAUCGCUUCGUGCUGAGCGCGGGCCACGGCUCCAUGCUCCAGUACGCCAUCCUGCACUUGAUGGGCUUCAACCUGCCGAUCUCCGAGCUGAAGCAGUUCCGCCAGUGGGGCAGCAAGACCCCCGGCCACCCCGAGAACUUUGAGACCGAGGGCGUGGAGGUGACCACAGGCCCCCUGGGCCAGGGCAUCGCCAACGCGGUGGGGCUGGCUGUGGCUGAGACGCACCUGGCCGCGCGCUUCAACAAGCCCGACGCCAAGCUGGUGGACCACUACACCUACUGCAUCAUGGGCGACGGCUGCAACAUGGAGGGCAUCUCCAACGAGGCCGCCUCCCUGGCGGGGCACUGGAAGCUGGGCAAGCUCAUCGCCUUCUACGACGACAACCGCAUCUCCAUCGACGGCCACACCUCCAUCUCCUUCACCGAGGAUGUGGUGGCGCGGUACGAGGCUCUGGGCUGGCACACCAUCCAUGUCAAGGAUGGAAACCACGACCUGGCGGGCCUGCGCGACGCCAUCAACGAGGCCAAGUCCGUGACGGAUAAGCCCACCCUGAUCAAGGUGUCCACCAUCAUCGGAUACGGCUCGCCCAACAAGGCCGACUCGCACGACGUGCACGGCUCCGCCCUGGGCGCGGCGGAGGCCCAGGCCACGCGCGACAACUUGGGCUGGCCCUACGGCGAGUUCGAGGUGCCCCAGGAGGCGUACGACGAGUUCGGCAAGGCAGCCAAACGCGGCGAGGAGGCGGAGGCGGCGUGGCAGGCCACCCGCCGCGAGUACGCGGAGAAGUACCCCGAGGAGUACGCGGAGUACGAGGCCAUCACCAGCGGGCACCUGCCCGCGGGCUGGGCGGACGUGCUGCCCUCCUUCACCAGCGCCGACAAGGGCCUGGCCACGCGCCUGCACAGCCAGACCAUGCUCAACGCGCUGAGCCCGGUGCUGCCCGGCCUGCUGGGCGGGUCCGCCGACCUCGCCGGCUCCUGCAUGACCCUGGUGAAGAGCUCCGGCGACUACCAGGCUGACUCCCCCGCCGAGCGCAACUUCCGCUUCGGCGUGCGCGAGCACGCCAUGGGCGCCAUCGGCAACGGCAUGGCCCUGCACUCCCCCGGCCUCCUGCCCUACACAGCCACCUUCUUCAUCUUCACGGACUACAUGCGCAACGCCAUCCGCAUGGCCGCCCUGUCCCAGGCCGGCCAGCUCUUCGUCAUGACCCACGACUCCAUCGGCCUGGGCGAGGACGGGCCCACCCACCAGCCCGUGGAGCAGCUGGCCUCCUUCCGCGCCAUGCCCAACAUCCUCAUGCUCCGCCCCGGCGACGGCAACGAGACCGCAGGCGCCUACAAGGUGGCCGUGGAGAACGCGGCCGCCGUCAACGCCACGGGCAUCAAGCGCCCCUCAGUCCUGGCCCUGUCGCGCCAGGGCAUGCCCAACAUGGACUCCACCUCCGCAGAGGGCGUGGCCAAGGGCGCCUACGUCGUGGCGGGUGGGGAAGGCACCCCCGACGUCAUCCUGAUGGCCACCGGGUCGGAGCUCAUGUUUGCCGUGGAGGCUGGGAAGAAGCUGGAGGGCGAGGGCAUCAAGGCCCGCGUCGUCUCCUUCCCCUGCUGGGAGCUCUUCGAGGAGCAGGAGCAGUCCUACAAGGACUCGGUGCUGCCGCCCGAGGUGGAGGCGCGCGUCUCCAUCGAGGCGGGGGCCACCUUUGGCUGGUUCAAGUACGUCGGCGCCAAGGGCGUGUCCCUGGGCGUGGAUCAUUUUGGCGCCUCUGCUCCGGCGCCCAUCCUGUACGAGAAGUACGGCCUGACGCCGGACAACGUCGUGGCCACCGCCAAGUCGCUGCUGAAGAAGUAG